GAUGUUAGCUGUUUAGUUGACCUGAAGAUACGGCAGACUAAAAUUCUAAUGACUGGAAUUAAACGGAAAAAGCGCACUUUAUUGUGAAACAUGGAUACAAAGCGAUGUUCCAUCGUUUAUUAAGUGUUUGUGACUGUGAAGGGACUUGUGAAAAUAAUUUUACUUAGUUAUCUUAUAGAGCAAGAUGUUUUUGUACUUUCAGGAAAAUUAACAAAUCGUACUUUAACGCAAUCUACGGAAAGAGUACUAAAUCUUCAUUUUCUAUUAGUAUUUUUUAAAUCGCUCAAAUCCGAUAUUAUUUACUCUACAGUAGUAAUUAUUGUCAUUAUACGAGAACUCAAUAUAGAAAAUUUGAGACAAACACAUUCUUGUACACGCUUGUUUUGAAUUUCUAGAUGUAUUCAUAAUUUGUGCCUAACACACACGUUCCAAAUAUUUGCGCUUUUUUCUCAACUAACUAUUAGAACCACAAUAUACAUUUAGUCAAUGUAAUACCAAACAAUCUGGAAGCCUAAGGCUAUUACACAUAUUACUUGAAGCUCUGUUGACCAAGUCUUGCUGAUGGGCCCAUCGACACUGCAUCGGUGAUUGGACAGUGUUUUUCUCAUAUGAAUGCCUUUAAGACAAAUGAUUCGAUAAAACGCAACCUACAGACCACAUGCCCCUAAAUAUAUAAUAAUUAAUAUUUUGCGAUGGACGACAAGUAAUUCACCACGAUUCUGCAUUUGUCUCAUUACUACAAAAUCAAAACAUAAGAAAAUUUAUAUAACGAACGAAUGGCGAAAAACUUUCAUCGCUUAUAAGCUCACACGGUUGGGUACAACCAAUCAGUCCGGCAGUACCCUGCAAGCGGAUCUAGUACCAUUGAUUUUGAUUUUGUUGUACGUACGUGUUGUUAAAAACCAAUGCAGGCAAUAAUGUGCCGAGAAUGACAAAUAGUUAUUCAAAAUAAGUUACACGGGCAUGGAGUAAAUGUGCACUAUACAAGAUAACGGACCAUAUAACCUACAGAUUUCAAUGAAGGUUGAUAUGGAAAUAGCCCUGGAUUGAAUAUAAAGUCAGCAUACUUAGACAUUAGCAAUACGAGGGUUAUUUUGAAAUCAUUUUCUAGGAGUGUUCUUCUUUAGCCACGUACAUUCCAAGUCAAGACGUGAUCAUCAAGCUUUGAAAAAUGAGAAAAGAAUUAAUAUUGCAUUUAAAAAUGAACCUCAAUGAAAAGAGGGAAUAGGAGUACACUAACAUCGUACUGUAUGAAUCUAACUGAAGCACUAAUUUGUUUAGACUAGGAGGUUAACGGUUGAAUAAUUUUUCCUUAAUUUUCUUACUUACUGUGGCAAAUUCAAGUAUUGAUAAGGAUACGCUGUCGAUCGAAAACAGUGAACAAAAAAAAGGAAAAUACCAUCUUCUUAAUGAAAAUCAUAAAAACUUUCUAGUAAGAUGUCGUUUCAUUCACGGCUUCGAAAACGAUCUCGAUCAUUGGCUCCGCUAACUCUGUUCACAAUUAACGAAGUAAAUGAGGAUCGAUAUGCAAAUGCUGUUUAUAAAGAUCAACAGCAAAUAGGCAGAGCUAGCACUGAUGCAACAGCAAAGGAAGUUUUAUCAACGAUCAAACUCAUGCAUAAAGGAUUACCUCUAAGCAAUCAUACCACUGCAACCUCAUGGAUAUUUUCAAAUGUUGAAAACGAACUGCUGGUCACUCAAGCCUCUACAAAGGGCGUGGGACUAGUUGCUGUGCCGUCCCUAGUAAGUGGCAGCGUAGACCUUGAUGACGGUUUCUUCGAUGAUGAUCAGAUGCUACUUCAACAGUGGUGUCACCGGUUAUUGUUGUGCGCAUACUGACGGAUAUUUCCCACAUCCUACUUUCAGCCCGGCAUCUGGUGUCUGGACAACAAAGCAGUCCACUGAUCUUUGGAUUACAGACCUGUUCUAUAGCAGUAGGCAAAUGAGGGAAUCGUCAAGCGCAUUGGGAGCCCGUAGCGCUAAUAGUAGGCUCCAUAUAUAACGAAUUGGGCUUCGAAGGGCUACAUCUGGGUGACGACCUAUCUGGCGAGUCCUGGGCUCACACAAGUACCCAAUUAAGUGCCUACAUAUGAAAAACUGACGUAUGUUCCCAGGUUUAAUUGUGCUUUCCUGUUUGUAUCGAGACAUACACCUGAAUUCAACAUGAAGACUGACGACUUUUUAGCUGAGGAACGGCUCCUCAAUGGCCGACGAACUCUCGGUUUCGAGCACACGCUGAUGUUUGGACAAUAUAAGGAAGAUUUAGGUCAGUUUGCGAGAUCGGAAGCUCUAAGGUUAAAAAAUCUAGAGAAGUUACGCAAGACUGAGGAAAGACUUUCUAAUAAAGAUUUAAAACCCUACACCAGCGAGUGUCAGCGCAAGUGUUUCAAUUUUCUAUCACGAUGUUGGAACAGUACUUUCUCGAAGAUUGGUGGCGAAGACUGGUUUUUCCUUCUUCUGCUUGGUGUCAUCUCAUCGCUCAUCUCAUUCGCAAUGGACUUUGGAAUACAGACAUUUUUAAGAACUCGUCAAUGGCUAUAUCACGACCUGGCUUCUCAUCUGGCGUUAAAAUAUAUUGCGUGGGUUUUCUUUCCUGUUCUACUUAUCCUGUUCUCAUGUGGAUUUGCCCAUACAGUAGCGCCACAGGCAAUUGGGUCGGGCAUUCCAGAGAUGAAAACUAUCCUCCGAGGCGUUGUUCUCAAAGAGUAUCUUACAUUCCAAACACUCGUCGCAAAGGUGAUUGGAUUAACGUGUACGUUAGGCAGCGGGCUGCCUUUAGGAAAGGAAGGGCCUUUCGUCCACAUAUCGUCGCUCAUUGCAACUGUACUAUCUAAAAUCAUCUAUUCGUUCAAAGGCAUCUACGAGAACGAGUCCCGGACGAGUGAAAUGUUAGCAGCAGCCUGCGCCGUUGGUGUUGCGUGCACAUUUGCUGCUCCGCUCGGAGGUGUCUUAUUCAGUAUCGAGGUAACAUCAGUGUUUUUUGCGGUCCGCAAUUACUGGCGGGGUUUCUUUGCGGCCGCUUGUGGUGCUCUCGUGUGGCAGCUGCUUGGCGUCUGGUUACGAGAACAAGACACAAUUACGGCGGUAUUCCGAACAAAUUUUCGAAUGGAUUUUCCAUUCGACCUAGCUGAGCUGCUUGUGUAUGCUGCCAUGGGAGCCGCGUGUGGGGUGCUGGGUGCUGCCUUUGUGUACCUUCAUAAAAGAAUCGUCCUUUUCAACCGAAAACAUAAGCGCAUGUCAGCGUUCCUUCAACGCAAUCGUUUUCUCUACCCGCUGAUUAUCACGACACUCAUUUCCACAGUUACGUUCCCACCGUUCCUGGGAAAGUACAUGGCUUCGGAGCUAACAACUCAUGAAGCAAUCCACGACUUGUUUUCUAAUUUCACAUGGGGAUCAACGGACCUUGGCGUCGAUGAAAUGAUUGUCGUUCAACGAUGGCAGGAAAAUCCACUCGACUCAUUCCAUCUAACACUCAUCAUGUUUGUUUUAAUGAACCUGUGGAUGACUGCUUUGGCGGCUACAAUACCCGUCCCCCUCGGACUUUUCAUCCCUGUGUUCAAGAUGGGCGCAGCAUUCGGUCGACUUAUUGGCGAAUCAAUUGCACAGUAUUGCCCCCAAGGCAUAAGGGUGGAUACAUCACAGGACAGUGGUCAUAAUUUGGUAAUUCCUGGUGGAUACGCAGUGGCGGGUGCGGCCGCAAUGGCCGGUGCCGCCACUCGAACUAUAUCCACGUGUGUCAUCGCCUUCGAAAUGACUGGUCAGAUGUCACACAUAUUACCAGUGAUGAUUGCUGUUCUCAUUGCAAACGCGAUAUCACAAAUGCUUCAACCUUCGGUUUAUGACUUGAUCAUCACCCUUAAGAAGCUACCAUAUCUGCCGCCUAUACUUUCAACGUCCUCUCACGCACACACUAUCUACGUUGAAGACAUCAUGGUGCGAGACAUUGCAUACAUAUGGCAAGGCGCAACGUACCGCGAUCUCAAACAACUGCUUAAGGAUAACAAGCGCCUUAUGUGUUUCCCAUUUGUCGAGUCACCACAUUCUAUGAUUUUGUUAGGCUCAAUACCUCGCGUUGAACUCCUGCGAUUGCUUGAGCUCCAACUCGGAAGGUUUCGUCGUUUGGAAGAGGUAGCUAGACGACGUUCACAAGAUGUAUCUGGACGUAGCCCAAGAGGAGAUCAACGACGGAUGUCGCGCUUCGUCGUAUCACCAGUCACAUCAACAAACAGUGCCAAGCCUUCUCCGAAGUCAUCACCACCCCCUUCACCACCGGUGACUCCUCGAGUUGUACCUAAAAAAUCCAUUCUUAAGGACCACGGGCUUACUAUCUACGGUACCUCGACCAGAGAUUACCAAUCUCCUUACGCCACGGUAACGUCAUAUGAUUCCCGUCUCAGGCAGGCAUUCGAGGCAAUUUCGCGUAAAUUGCUUACGCUGCCAGAUGCUAAUCCAUCUCCAUCCGAUGGCGAGAGCAGCAAUCCGGCUACUCCGCAGCUGGUUAAACGUGUGCAAUUGCCACGUGAGCGAGUUAUUGACAUGUCUCCAGAAGAACAGCUAUCUUGGGAAGAGGAACAGUUGUCUCAGGGCGUCAAUUAUGCUGAAUGCCAUAUAGAUCCUGCACCCUUUCAGCUGGUUGAAAGGACUACGCUUAUUAAAGUUCAUUCCAUCUUCUCGAUGUUGGGUCUGCAGCAUGCGUACGUGACUGCCAUUGGGAGACUUAUUGGUGUUGUCUCACUUAAGGAGUUACGAAAGGCUAUUGAAAAAAUGAAUACCGGGGGCUUUAGUCGUGAGAGCAAGAAAGAGGUUGAAGACCAUUAUCAAACUCAAAGGAAGUUUUCAGCUCUUCCUGGCCAUGGGGCACCCUCAACUCCGAGUGACUUCAUUCAUCCAGUAAGGGGGACACGCCCCUCGGGUGGAAAGAUAAAUUCGGAAGGAGGUGCGACGUCAGAAGGUGAAACCACUGAAGAUGAGUUCGACGGAAAUGUUGACAACAAUCGAACCAAGGGAACGCCAUCAGGAGACAAUACAAUCGGCUGACUCUAAUUACCAUAUCCUUGAUUGGUAAUCUAAAUAAAUAACGGGGUAUUACAUAAAGGCACUCUUUGUUGAAAGUGGAAGUGGCAUUUAUUUGCAUAAUUAAGAGUAGCCACUUGUCAUUUAAUGUCAUUCAGUGUUUCUCGAUUUUCGCCCACGAGAUAGUUUGCCGUUACUUGCUCUAAAUGUCCUUUAAGAUGGCACAGUCGUGGCAUGGGCGAUUUACCAUUUUAAGAAAGAAGAUUUUGAUACCACGUGCAUCCAAAAACGAACAUUUUUAGGCUAGAUUUAUAUAAAACUUAUUAUUAGGUUAAAAGGAAAACUUCUGUUAAAGCUAGUGUCAGAAUUGUUUUCGUUGAGUUGUUGUCGUUGUUGAUGGUGAUUCAGUGCGUGUAGUCCUAAAAUUUGAAAGAGUGCAUAUCCGACAUUGUCUUCUUCAUCAUUUUCGCACUGGAAAACGUGCUGCCAAGUUAAAAAGAAUUAUUUGCACGUGCGAGAAGUGCUACCACUUAUUAGUUCAGGUUUGAACCCUUCAGAACCAGAGAUUUAAACUUGAAUGCCAAACCGCACUUCGAACAACCACAGGAAGUGAGCGAUGAUAGCAUGAAGGCACUUCUUAAGCAAAAUAUGAACGCAGUUAAUCUGAAACCUCUCUGCCAAUUGGCAGAAGUUACCCAGAUGACUGCUGUCAGUCGUUUGCAUGUAUUAGAAAAAAUACAAGAAAACCAAGGUGGGCUUUACAAAUGAAUAAAAAAAGAAAAAAGGCCUUUUACUGCUUCCUUUACAGAAAGUAACUUCUGUACAGCAUCAGUACCAGUGAUAAAAAAUUGAUCAUUUGUGACACCCUAGCCGCAGCCGAAAUAAUUAUAUGUCUGAUAGCCCUCCGGCUUGACGCCACAGAGAAAUCUUCAUGGUCAAGCUGAACAUCUUCAAAUAGCGGAGCGAAAGAAGAGCGUUUUACUAUAAAGUAUCCACACUCCAAAAAAAGAGUUACAGGAGGUUACAUAAAUGAACUAGCUUGAACUACGAAAGGCAAAGCGCGGCGCAAAGUGAUAUUACUUCAUGACAACGCGACAUCACAAAUUGCUUUGGUGACCCAGCGAGCUCUAGCGGACUUCCUUGUUCAUCCAACAUACAGCUCGGACACAGCUCUGUGUGAGUAUCACUUGUUGCAACUAGUGCAGCACAGGCAAAAAGUCUAAUAUUUUAGACCAGGAAUUGAAGUGCGCAAAUGGGUACACGAACAGAAUAUUUCCUUCACGGGGUUAUAUCAGCUGGCAAAAAGAUGGGGGGAAAGUAAUGGGAAGCGAAGGGUAAGUGAUUACAUCUCGGGCAAAAAUGUACACUUGGUCGAAAGUUACGGUGAAUUAAAAUAACCAACAACGGGAACUUUCUUCUCAGGCUAUUAUUUGCGAUAAGCUUGGUGAACGAAAGGAGAUCCUUCUCUUAUACAGCUAAAACUGAAUGCAUUCUAUUUCAGUUUAUUGGGUUGUUGUGUCUUAAACUUUGCUGCCAUUUUCGAGAUAGCGCAGUAAAAAAAUAGCACUGAUGGUCAUUGAAGCAUGAAAUAGAACUUAAAAUUAUCAUCCACUGAGGAUAAGAACUAAUAAUUUUACUACAACUCAUAUUUUAUUAAAAACGUGUUUAUUUGCUCACUCUGAUAAAAAAAAAAAAACUUGAGCUGUUACGAAACGCACAUCGUAAUUCUUAGACUUCGCCGUACUACAAAAAUUAAUUUCAAGAACAUAGUGCAAAUGUUAUAAAUAAAGCUUGUCUUUUAUCCGUGAUAUUUAUCCAAAAACGUGUCCUGAUUUCAAACGUCGCCAUUGUUGGUAUGCGGUAGAAACCUAUCUUUUAAUGAGAUUGAAAGGACUUAAGAUCUUCCGUCCGAUUUGACGUUCGUUCGUGGUUUCAUUGUCAAAUAUACAUGGAGCUUAGAUCUAUUACGGGCCCUAAU